GCCGGGGGCUCUACGGUCAAAGCUCGAGCAAAUGAGAAGUUCCCUUCUCCAAUGAGGAGAAUUCUGUCGGUAGCAGUGAAUGGUAUUGUAGGAGCCCUAGGAACAGCCUUUCCCUUCCCCUUCGCUUGUGCGACUUUUGCAUGUUUGCCCUGUUGCUCUGCGUGCUGAGCGGCAUGAGCAGCGUCUUGUUUUUUCUUCAAUCUCGAUUGUUGUGAUGAUAGGGCAGCCUUUAGAGACGUCUUCCUUCCUUUUGCCAUCGUUCCCGAGUGUGGACCCCAAAUGAGGCACGGCGUAGUCUGUGAAAUGAGUUUUCGCCGAGAUAGAAAAAGCGAUGAUGGUCGUUAGCAGUCACAAGGUACUAUCCGUCUGCGACGUGGAACCUUGUAACUCCUGACACGUCUCUUCCACAAACCACCACUGCAUAUAAGCACUUCCAGUCACUCCUUUACCCUUAACUCAUACAAUCCACAAAAUGCCCACAGAAUUCGAACUUCGUCAACGAAACGCCCAGUUCGCCAAUAAGGCUCGUGCGGGCAAGAACCCGGUGAAGCCGUCUCGUCAGGAGAGGCUCGCAAAGCGAAGUCCUAUUAGCCUAUGGGCUUUGGGUGCUAUUCUUUUCGUGGUUGUCGGAGGAGUACUGUUUGAACUGUUGAGAAUCAUCUUCCUGUGACGAUAGCAGGGUUUUAGUAUAUUGGUAUCGGCAACGAUUGCUGUACCUAUGGCGAUUGCCAUUGGAUUAGACUUUUUCUUGGGACGUGGACACUUUUGGUACAUUUUCAUUGUAUAACAGCUAUUCCUCAUAUCAUUAUUUCUCGGUUUGCUCAAGAAACAUAUGCA